ACAAGAAACGCAAAUACGCUUUUUAAAACGUCAAAAUGACAAGAUUCCAGCAAAUGGAAACUAAUGGGGAACAAAUUAAAACUUUUGUUUUCGGCAACAAACCAGUGCACAAUUCCACUGAAGCAAGUGAAAAAUUGGAAAUUUUCAUCCCGGAGCUACUUUUGCCCGGUUAUUCCUUCUAUAUUUGGCCUUCCGCAAAGAUUCUAGCUUGGUUCUUGUGGGGCAGACGGUUGUCACUGAUAAACAAACGAGUAUUGGAACUCGGAGCAGGAACUUCGCUACCGGGAAUAGUAGCCGCAAAGUGUGGUGCUCACGUAACACUGAGCGACUGUAGCACUUUGCCUAAAACGCUGCAACACAUCCAACGCUGUUGCCGGCUGAAUAAUCUCGCUCCCGGAAACGACAUCGAAGUGAUUGGACUCACCUGGGGACUGUUCUUGGAUCAGAUAUUUCAGCUUGGACCGCUUGAUCUUAUUAUUGGUUCGGACAUUUUUUACGAUCCUUCCGUUUUCGAAGACAUCCUUGUGACGGUUUCGUUUCUAUUGGAAGCCAAUCCCCAGGCCAAGUUUCUGUUCAGUUAUCAAGAACGGAGUUCGGACUGGUGCAUAGAAACUUUGCUGAAAAAGUGGGGAUUGUUGUGUAACGUUAUCAGCUUGCAUAACCUCAGCGUGGAUCUGGAAGCUGACCCGCAGGAACUGAUGGGCAACCACACCAUUCACUUGCUGGAAGUAACAAGAAAAUCUUGAGUCGCAAAGGUCACAUAGAGUUAUGUCUUCCAGUGCAAGCACUAUUGCGCGUGGCGUGCAAAAGCUAUUCAUUGGAAAUCUACCGUGGACAGUUAGUACGAAAGAACUCCAAGCGUAUUUCUCAAGGUUCGGACAUGUGCACUCUUCGA